AUGUCGAAUCCUUCAACCGCAAUAGACGGAGACUCGGGGGACUCUGGUGAAGAGACACCAGUGACGGAAUUGGUAUAUUCCUUCGAUUGGUCAACUACUCCAUUGGGUCCAAGGAGCGAUUGGCCCGCAUGGUUAAAGUCGACUGUCGAUCUCUGCCUUCACUCGGUAUUUCCUAUCGGAUUGUAUAUCGGGCCAGAAAGAAUUCUCGUUUACAAUCAAAUGUGGAGACCUAUUCUAAAGCGCAAGCAUCCAGCUGCAUUAGGCUCGAAGGCUUCAGAGACCUGGUCUGAAAUAUAUGAUGUUUUAGGACCAUUAUUUGAUGAGGUUUUCACAACGGGAAAAGGUCAAUUCAAUGAUGAUUUCCUCUUGUACAUGAAUCGAUCUGGUUACGUAGAGGAAGCAUACUUUUCCUUUACGUUAAGUCCAAUGUUUACCGAAGAUGGUCAAGUUGGAGGUAUAUUCAAUGCUGUGCAAGAAACUACACAAAGGGUUCUCAUGGCUAGGAGACUCAAGACUUUGGGUGAUUUGGCUAAUGGGACACAAGGCGCCAAAUCAAUCGAAAGUGCCUGUCACUUCACCACUGAAGUAUUCCGAGAAAACAAUAUGGAUAUUCCAUACGCUAUAUUAUAUCUCGUCGAAAAUGAAAAAGUAGGCACGGAAUUUAAACCGAAAAAUGCCCGCCUCGAGGCUACAACUUUUGACAGAGAUCUAACGGCUAUCAAAGGACCUGAUGGAACCGAAGAAUAUCUAUUUGUUCACGGACAAUCUAGCAGAGAUCUGCCUGAAGUGUUACCAAGGACGCCAGAAGUGAUUGAUCUGACCGAUGCGGAAACCUCAGACAACAUGGUCGAAGACAUUAGAGAGAUUUCUGCAUCUGAACCGUGGCCUUUGACACUUGCAGUGUUCAAAAACGAUAACGUGACCAUCAAACUGUCUGAUAACUCGCUGGCUGUGCUGUGUCCAGUGAUCACUACGUCUGCUGGAAAAAGUUUCCUGACGGCUUUGAUGAUAUGUGGCAUUAGCAAACAUAGAGCUCUUGACACAGAGUAUGAAGAAUUUUUACAUGUAUGGCUAUCGCUGGUUAUUGGCCAAGUGGGUUCUAGUUUUACUCAGGGUCGAUCUCGAGAAGAAGAGCGAAAACAGGCGGAAAUGUUGGCUGACUUGAAUCGACAAAAGAUUGCAUUUUUCCAAAAUAUUAGUCACGAAUUGCGCAGUCCAUUGACGCUUAUGCUUUCUCCAUUGGAAGAAGCAAUGGAGUUGUGUCCAAAGAAUGCUCCAAUAUUUGCUCACCUCAAAUUAAUCCAAAAGAAUAACCGAAGACUGCUCAAACUCGUAAACACUCUUCUUCAGUUUUCUCGUAUAGAAGCAGGCCGACUUCAAGCAUGGUUCUGCUCUGUUAAUAUUUGUAGGCUGACUUUGGAAUUAGCAUCUAACUUUGAAAGCACGAGUAGAUCAUUCGGUCUUUAUUACAAAUUUGAGAUACCUAUCGAUGAGGAACUCUCCAAGCAGUUGAAACAAAAGGUCUUUUUGGAUGAGGAAAUGUAUGAAAAGAUUGUAUUUAACUUGUGCUCGAACGCGUUCAAGCAUACGUGGACUGGUGGAGUAACUGUUCGAUUGUAUGCCGAGCCCAAAAAUGAUAGAGAAGGUGUUAUACUAGAAGUAGCAGAUACCGGUGUGGGCAUACCCGAAGAACAUAUAGGAAAUCUAUUCCAACGCUUUUAUCGUAUCGAAUCACGACAAUCGCGCAGCCACGAAGGUACAGGCAUCGGUCUUGCCCUAGUCAAAGAACUAGUCAUAAAACACGGUGGCCAUAUUUCGGUUACAUCCAAAGUGGACGUCGGCACGACUUUCCGUAUUUGGUUUCCUACCGGGUGGGAUCAUCUUCCGCCUUCGCAGGUUCAUUUCAAUACCGAAAAAUCUCCGGUUAAUCCAAACUAUGCGCGUGACAAACAACUUUACUCGAACGCGGAACUGUAUUUGGAGGAAUGCAUGCAAUGGAUCCAACAUUCAAAACCCACGCAAUUUGAUGAUGACAACGAUCCAAUGUUGAUUGAUGAUGGGUCCGCUUCGCAACAAAAAACUGACGAGUUGUCGGUAUUGUAUACUGAACCGGAUUGUUUCGAGUCUGACAAUGUGAAAAAAUGUGUUCUUGUCGUGGAUGAUAACACGGAUAUGAGGAACUAUUUAAAGAGUUUGAUUAAGCGACAAUUCGAUUGUAUCUGUGCUGUUGAUGGUUGUGAUGCACUCCGAGUCAUUAAAAAUUCACAACGACUGCCUGAUCUGAUUCUAAGUGAUAUUAUGAUGCCCAAUAUGAAUGGCUACGAAUUGCUCGCUGCAAUACGCAACAAUCCUAGGAUCCAAAUGAUUCCGGUAAUUCUAUUAUCGGCUCGAGCAGGAGAGGAAGCUAGCGUUGAAGGACUGGAGAAGGGUGCAGAUGAUUAUUUAAUUAAACCCUUCAAUGCUCGUGAACUCUUGGCUCGCAUCCGUGCAAACAUCAAACUUUCCCAUCUUCGCCGUCAACUUCUCGCGGAACAACGUCGUCAAUCUGAAACCAAGCAAUUGUUAUUUACAAUCAGUAGCAAAAUUCGCUCCGGUUUUGGAAUACAAGAGACUCUUGACACUGCCAUUGCGGAAGUGAAGAAAAUAUUGUCAUGCGAUUCUUUGUUAAUUAUCGACAGUCUUGUGAUAAAGGACAAGAUUGCCUGCAAAGUAAUGUCUGCUUCAUUAAGACCACAAGACGAUCCAACGAAAAUAGUUGGACGUAUAGUCCGUCAUUUUUCAUGUGACAAGUAUGUAUCAAAAUCCAAGAGAAAGAAAGCUACGUGCUCUGCUUCGACGGAUGUACAGUAUGACGAAUACGAAGAAUUGGAUUUACUGGAAGACGACGAGUUGCACGACUCUCGUGAAUUGGAAGUGGAUAUCAGUUCAGACUACGAAUCGCUGGUUAUAGGUCGGCGCGUAUCUAUUAUUAGCGUAGCUAUUCGUCUAAAAUCAUCUCUUUGGGGAUGGAUAGUGGCACACCAACGCCCAGGCUAUAUCUGGACAGAAUCGGAAAAAAUGUUUUUACAGCAAGUCUCGAAUCAAAUAAGUUUGGCUAUAAGUCAUGCCAUACUGGUCGAAGAGAAAUUAAAACGAGAGGCUCAAAUGGAGGCUGCAAAAGAGGCAAAUAAAGCCAAAAAACUCCGUACACCGUUGGGUGCAAUUAUUGGCGCACUCUCUGCAUUCGAAGGAACACCUCUUCGACCUGAUCAACGAGACAUGGUCGAAGUAAUGACUCGCGCUUCCGAUGUUGUUCUAUCCGUGGUCAACGACAUCCUAGAUGCUGCCAGACUGGAAGCACAAAAGCUUACAUUGAUAAAUCGCACUUUCGAUCUAAUCGAGCUUGUGGAAAAGAACAUUGCAAUGUUUGGCGAACGUGCCGGUUCGAAAGAGAUUGAAUUAAUAUUUUUAUACGAACCAAGAGAAUCUCCUAAAUAUGUGAAAACCGACCCAGAAAGGCUACAACAAGUGAUAAUGAAUUUGCUGUCUAAUGCGAUCAAAUACACUGAAAAAGGCAAAGUUGAAGUACGGCUGUCAAUAAGAGAGCGUUGUGGCAUUGUUGAUGGGGAGAAGAUAAUAGAUACCGGCAUAGGUAUUGAUCCCAAGUUCGCACAGCACAUAUGGGAGAGUUAUGCACGAGGAGAAGCUGCAAUGACUCGUCGUAGGGACGGCGCAGGUCUAGGCCUCUCGAUAAGUAAAAGUCUAGUCGAUUUGAACGGCGGUACCCUCGGUGUUGACAGCGAGCUUAACAAAGGAAGUAGAUUCUGGUUCACCUGGAAUUUUGAGCAUUUAUCUCUGCCAACAAUACCAAAGUUGAAAACACUACCCGGCAACUCGCAUGAUCAACAGACCUGGCAGGGAGCAGAAGAAUCUUUAACGAAGCGUGUUCUUAUUAUUGAUCCGUUUGAAGCGACGAGAACUGCCUUUACGACCAUGAUAAGCGAUAGCGUCCGAUGUGUAUAUGAAUUCGCCGACUACCAAACUGCGAUCAAAGCAGUCGAAGAACAUAUAAAGAGUAAUAGUGAGCCUAUGUGUGAUUUUGCAUUUUUCAGUGUGGGAGAGAAGAAUGCCAAGCUUGUUGAGGAUACAGCCAAGGAGCUGAAACGGCUUUGUGGCGAAGAUCGAUUGUCGAUUAUAUUACUGGUAUUCUGGUCAUCUAGUGGACGCACUAUCGGGAAGAAACUGAUUGAGAAUUUGGGAAAGAACGUCGCGGCCAUUUGUAAACCUAUAAUGCAGAAACGUAUACUAGACUGCAUUUCUCAUUUUGACUUGUACGUGAGUAGGCCAUCGGAUGAGAACGCUGCAGGAACCGAAGAAGAUAAUUCAGCAAUGUAUAGCAGAUUCUACAACCAUAAUCGGCCCACGGCUGCUUAUAAUUUGUCAAACUUGAGAGAUUCAGAUGAACCAACUGUAAUUCGAGGUGUUGCGGGUAAUGAAAGAGAACGCAAACCCGAGCCCACCAAUCGUCCAGCAAAGAGAUCGGCUACCAGUGAAUGGAAGGAUCAAACCGAUGUUGAAGAACGAGAGAGCAAAUCGAGGAAUAGGGUCGUGAAUUCAUCCAAAUGCAUACUCUGUGUGGAGGACAAUGCGGUCAAUCUCAAGGUUAUCAAAGCUCAAUUGAGCAAACUGGGAUAUCAACAUUUAUCGGCAGUAAACGGUAAAGAAGCUGUUGAAGUAGUGAGGAAGCAAUAUGAGGCAAACCUGUUUGCUUCUUCACCCAGCAGUUCGGAAUCCAAGAAAAUAUCUUUAAUUUUGAUGGACUGUGCAAUGCCUAUAAUGUCAGGGUUUGAAGCGUCACAGGCGAUAAGAGCGAUGGGACCGGAACUUCAAAGUCUUCCAAUCAUCGCGUUGACUGCAUCCGCGAUAGCAGGGACUAAGGAGCAGUGCUUAGAGGCAGGCAUGAGUGACUAUCUAACUAAACCACUCAAGCUGCAGACAUUGGAAGGGAAAUUACUUGAAUGGUUAAGUGAGCAUUAA